AUGACGGAAACUCAAUACUCAACCGCCUUUGACCACCUAAAACCAUCCACAACUCAAAAAGAUGAAGACAAAUUAAAUUUAUCCUCAUUAUCCUCCAUCACUACUCUUGACACUUCUUCCCCCUAUAACACCAUUUACACCACUGCGUCCGAUAAAACUCUUACAGAAGAACCCGUGGUCUCAAAAGAUCUCAUCGAUUCCGUUUUUAGCACAUUCAGUGAUAAUUCGGUGGGUGAUAUCGAUUUGAGUUUGAAUGUGAGUCGCAAUAGUCUCGGCAGCACCACCAUCGUCGAAAAACGUAAUAGU